AUGGUCAUGUUCCACUGCCAGAUUAUUCUGGCCUACGCCAUCAAGUCGGCUCACCUUGAUAUUCAGCUGCAACUGGCUUCCCGAACACGACCCGGCAACUUCUUGUCAGUCCGACCUAACACGAAGGCCCUCGCCAUGUGGAAUGUUGGAGGAGUUUCCGUGGUGCCGCGCAACUAUGGGCUAGUGUUCUCUUCUUUCUUCUUCACAGCAUUGGCGGCAUUGGUUGUCGGACUCAGAACAUACACUCGCGCGGUUCUAGUCAAGAAUAUCGUGGCAGACGACGUCUUGAUGAUUGUCGCCUUUAUCGGAACAGUGGGAUAUCUUGUCACCAUUAUUCAGCAAAUCAAAUGGGGCCUUGGAGAUGCGAUCGGACUUCAAGAACUCCAAGAGUUCCUUCGCGCUCUCUAUGCCACCGUCGUUCUAUACAACUUUACCCAGCUCAGUGUCAAGUUUUCGAUCUUGUCCCAAUACCGACGCAUCUUCCGAACCGACGGCGCAAAGAGGAUCAUCACAGGGUUGAUAAUAUGGCUGGCGGUCUACGCAGCCUUUUGCCUGGGAACCAGCAUCUUCACAUGCUGGCCGGUGGCCAAAUACUGGGAUAAUAGUAUUGAAGGAGGCUGCAUAGAGCGCUCAGUUUUGAACUAUGCUAUCGCAGGGUUCAACAUCCUGAACGACCUUAUCAUCCUCUUCAUCCCAAUCCCUUGGCUUCGGAAUCUGCAAGUGACCUUUCGAGCGAAGCUCGUUCUUAUUGGGGUAUUUACCUGCGGCGCAUUUGCUGCAAUAGUUGCGAUUGUUCGACUUAAUUCUUUGUACAUACAUGGGUCCGCGCCCAUAGAUCAGCAACCACUUGUUGGCGUAGACAUUGCGGUUUGGUCAGGUCUGGAAAUCAACAUUGCGAUAAUCUGCGCGUCCGUUCCCGCCCUCAAGGCCCUCUUCAUCAAGAUCAUUCCAAAGCUGGGGACCUACAAGAACUAUUCAAAAACCCCAUACGGUCGAAGCACGGCGGGGAACCUCCAACUCCAGAGCUUCGAUAAGCGCUCCAGAAACUUCUCGCAGCGCGAUGCGGACAAGACGAAGAUGGAAAUACAGGUCCAAAGGUCAAUAGAGAUGAAUGUCAUCCCGAUCGAGGACGACGACAGUCAGAAAGACCUCGUUACGAAUGGAUGGGCGGCAGGAUGUUAUGCGCAGGGCCAGCAGGCUGAGGGCGUUGACCAUCACGCUAGCCCCGACCAGCGGCACAGUCAUUUCAAGAGCAACUCUCGUUGA